UUUCCUUUUCAAGUUUUUCACGUGCGGUUAUUAUGGCGUCUGGGUAUGGAUUGGUUGCAGGCAGCGGCGUACGACUGCCGCCACUUCCAACGCUCCGGGAUAUUGUCAAGCUCUACAAGUUGCAGGCGAUCAAACAGCUGAGCCAGAACUUUCUGAUGGACGAACGACUGACCGAUAAGAUUGUGCGUGCCGUGGGGAGGAUUGACGUGAACGAUGUUGUUCUCGAAGUAGGACCCGGUCCGGGGGGUAUAACCCGCUCGAUUCUGCGGAAACAGCCGCGCAGACUGAUUCUCGUCGAGAAGGAUCGCAGGUUCCUGCCCAGCCUGGAACUUCUGAAGGAAUGCGUCGAACCCUUGGGGCAAACAACUGUUGACAUCCAUCAAGGGGACAUCUUGCGCUUCCCGAUCGGCGAAGUUAUUCCAGAUGGAAGCGGUCGCAUCCACCUGAUCGGCAAUCUUCCCUUUGCCAUCUCCACUCGACUCCUCAUCAACUGGUUGGAGGACUUAUCUUUGCGUCGCAAAGCAUUCCGCCGACCGGACACCACUAUGACCCUCACCUUCCAGCAGGAGGUCGCCGAACGCAUUUGUGCACCCAUCGACCAUAGCCAAAGAUGUCGCCUUUCGGUCAUGUCCCAAAUAUGGACGCAACCCGUCUUCAAAUUCACGAUUCCGGGCAAGGCGUUUGUCCCCAAGCCGGAAGUCGAUGUUGGGGUGGUGAAGCUCAUUCCGCUGAAGCAUCCCAAGACCGAUCUGCCUUUUAAGCUCGUAGAGAAGGUUUGCCGCCACACGUUCUCGAUGCGCCAGAAAUAUUGUCGACGAGGGUACGGAACGUUGUUCCCGGAGAAGGAUCGCGCUGACAUCAUUCAGGAGUUGUUUGAGUUGGCCGACGUGGACCCCCUAGCGCGACCCUUCCAGUUGUCGGUGGAGGAGUACAUCAGGCUGGCGAAAGUCUAUCACGAUUUCAUCGAGAAGAACCCGGAGGUGGCCUUGUAUGACUAUCGGGCGCCAAAAGUUAAAGUGAAUAGUAAUUGCGCUGUGUGAGUAGUGAACGUAGUUUGUAAAUAAAUUGUAAUAAAAUUUAUUCGUAAUUGAGAAA